CUUUCUCAGUUUCUCUGCACACUCUAACACACAAUUCUGAGAGCUUGGAAUCUCAGCAAAGCAUGUCGCAGAAUUACGAAAUAAGGCCCACAAUCCUUAGCCGAUCACGAUGAGGACUACAUCGGAAUUCAUGGACAAGCAAAUUAUGGAACUUUCUCGAUCAUACUCCGACGACUUCUCUCAACUCACAUACCCUCCUCAUCAACUGGACAACGACAACGAUGACGAUUUACUCUCCGGCUUUCAUUUCCCCCCUGCACGGCACGGCGCCCCUCAGCAGUCACGCGCCUCGACGCUCGAGAAUCGCGGUUCCAUGGAUCAAAUUGAAUAUUCGAGAUCCAGAGACUCUGCGUUGAUUGCGGUGAUUGAUGGGAAGAUGAACCAGCAUUUUGGCAAUCUGCUGCAUGCGGUGGAGUGUCUCAGUGCGCGAGUUUCUCAACUGGAGACUCGGUUACGCCUAGUUGAGAAUUCUGUUGACGACUUGAAGGAUUGUACUGGUGUUAAUUAUGGGAAGACUGAUGGGAAGCUGAGGGAAGUAGAGAACAUUUUAAGGAAGGUUGAAGGUGGUAUGCAGGAUUUGAGAGAUAAGCAAGAGAUCUCAGAGGCUCAACUGCAGCUUGCAAAACUUCAAAUGCUUAAGGAUAACCAGAAGAUGGAACAAGAAAGGAGCAAUGUGCAAUCAACUUUGGCAUCACCUGCUCCUCAGCAAACACACCAAUCACAUUCAACUCCUGUUGUGUCUGCACAACAUCCUUCUCUUCCUCCUGAUAUUCCCCCAACCCUGACCCAUCAGAACUUCCCAACAGCACCUACCGCAGCUCAGCUUCCAUCUCAGUCAUCUCAGUAUCAAUUCUCUUAUAUUCAACAGCCAGAUCCUAACUACUCAGCAGCUGUGUUGAAUCCACCGCCCACACCUCAGGCAAACUAUAUGUCUCAAGCACAGCAGUCACAACCACCUUACACAGCACCAUAUCCAUCUUACCCAGCAGUGCCAUAUCCUUCAAAAACAUCACAAUUUCAGCAGCAGAGUCAACUUCACCCACAUCUCAAUGCUCCAGAGCCACAAACCCAGUAUUCACCAAAUCACAAUCCAGCAGAAGCACCGUAUGAGUUAUCUCAAAGCUAUCCCCAGAAAACCUCUAAUACACCUGGCUUCGUUCUACCAUCACAGCAACAAUUUGAUGGUUCCAUGCAGUAUACACAUGACCAAUCUCCAAGAAGUUACAGCACUAAUUUCUUCCCUGGAAAUAUGCGACCAGUGCAACAGUCAAGCUAUGAUGACUUUUAUUCCCGUGGCGGAUCUCUUUCUCACUAUGGUGAUUCAGAACUGAAGCAGUCACAAGUAUCACCAUCCUCUUCAGUCGCUUCUGGUGGAAGCAGCUUUUCAGGGCUGCCAACUGCAAAGGUGUUGCCAUAUGCAUUACCCAUGGCUGCCAGUGUGGAUAAGGAGUCAGAUUCUGGCGGGACUGGAAAUCGCAUUCCAGUUGAUAAUGUCAUUGAUAAGGUUGUAUCUAUGGGAUUUCGAAGGGACAUAGUCCGAGCAACAGUGAGGAAAAUGACCGAGAAUGGGCAGUCAGUGGACCUUAAUGUUGUGCUGGAUAAGCUGAUGAACAGUGGAGAAGUUCAGUCCCAGAGUGGUGGAUAUGGCCGGUAAUGUGGUUUCCCCUAGUACUUCAUUUUGAUUUGAUCUAUAGUCAUCAAUGUAGACUCGAAUGCUUCUAUGUAUUCACUUGCUCUUUGUUGUGUGCUUCUUGUUUACUGUGUAAAUAGGAUGAUGUUUGACAUGUAUUCUAUGAAUGUAAGUUUGGGAAAGUACUCGACUUUUCUUAUUAUGUCAAUACGUUUGAAUAGUCAAGUA